AUGCACUCCUCACUUCUCCUGAUCACGCAGCUAGCUGCUGUUGUCCUCGCUGGCGAACCAUGGAUCAACGAGGUCGACACUGGGCUCGAGACGUACCUUCUUGGCACCAACUACACAGAGGGAACACUGCCCCUUCUCAAGGAUAUUCGUGCCCUCCCCGACUUUGACUGGGCAGCCCGCCAGCACCUGAACGACCAAAUGUACAGCUUCUACCGCACUGGCACGGCAGGCGAGCAAAGCUACCGUCAUAACCUCGACAUCUGGAAGUCUGUGCAAUUCAGGUCAAGACACCUGAGCGACGUGACCAAGCUGAACGAGACUCUUGCCACCACGAUUCUGGGCUACAACUUCAGCGCUCCUUUCUUCAUUGCUCCCGCUGCCCGCGGCAUCUAUGGCGAUCCCGAGCGUGCCGAGCUCAACUUUGUCGAAGCGGCUGGCAAGGAGAACAUCCUGUACAUCCCGUCCAUGUACGCGUCGAAGACCAUCGAGGAGAUCGCCGCUGGAAAGUCCAACAGCACCCUCAACGGACCCCAGGUCAUCUUCCAACAGAUCUACACCAACGCCAAUCUCUCGGUGACUUGGGACAACAUUCGCCGGGCCGAGCGAACUGGUGCCAAGGCCAUCGUCUUCACCAUCGAUGCUCCGGGCAAUUCCGUCCGGCACCGUGCUGCUCGCUACGACACCACGAACGCCAACUCUGUCUCGUCGGCUCUGACAUGGGAUGUGUAUGAUCAGAUGCGCAACCAGACCAGCCUGCCUAUCAUCCUCAAGGGUAUCACCACUGCCGAGGAUGCUCUGCUGGCUGUCGAGAAGGGCGCAAAGGCCAUUUACAUCUCCAACCACGGCGGUCGUCAGCUUGACCACACCCCUGGCCCCCUCGAGAUCGCCUACGAGAUCUACCGAAACGCUCCACAGGUCUUCCAGCAGGUGGACGUUCUCGCGGACAGUGGUAUUCGCUACGGCAGCGAUGUUCUGAAGCUGCUUGCCCUCGGUGUCAAAGCCGUGGGCAUGGGUCGACCGUUCAUGUACUCGAACGUUUACGGCCUCGAGGGUGUUACCAAGGCCAUCGACAUCAUGAGGACGGAGAUUGUUCGCGAUGGUGCCCAGCUGGGUGCCACGAACCUACAGAACAUAAGCGCCAGCUUCUUGGAGUCAAACGUGUACUUGUUUGACCAGUAA